UGUCUUGACACCGGAAGCUGAGGGGCGGGACUCAGUAGCAAGUUCUUCCACCCGGAGGGAGAGGGGCGUCCCUACGGCCGCUGCCCCUCCCCUGGUCCCUGCGCGCCCCGAGGGGCUCGGCUGGAGUGCUGAGGGGGCUCCGGGAGGUUGAAAGCUAAGCAUGGGGAAGAGCUGCAAGGUGGUUGUGUGUGGCCAGGCAUCUGUGGGCAAAACUUCAAUUCUUGAGCAGCUCCUGUACGGGAACCAUGUUGUGGGUUCUGAGAUGAUAGAGACCCAGGAAGACAUCUACGUAGGCUCCAUCGAGACAGACCGGGGGGUACGGGAGCAGGUGCGUUUCUAUGAUACCCGAGGGCUCCGAGAUGGGGCCGAGCUGCCCCGGCAUUGCUUCUCCUGCACUGAUGGCUACGUCCUGGUCUACAGCACAGACAGCAGAGAAUCUUUUCAGCGUGUGGAGCUGCUCAAGAAGGAAAUUGACAAGUCUAAGGAUAAGAAGGAGGUCACCAUCGUGGUCCUUGGCAAUAAGUGUGACCUACAGGAGCAGCGGCGUGUAGACCCAGAUGUGGCUCAGCAUUGGGCCAAGUCAGAGAAGGUGAAGCUGUGGGAGGUGUCAGUAGCUGACCGCCGCUCGCUCCUGGAGCCCUUCAUCUACCUGGCUAGCAAGAUGACCCAGCCCCAGAGCAAGUCUGCCUUCCCCCUCAGUCGCAAGAACAAGGGCAGCGGCUCCUUGGAUGGCUGAAGAACUGCCCUUCCUUCUUUACCUUCCAACCCUGUUCCAGCUUCUGGGGCUCUGGAGGAUGAGUUGAGGGCACAAGAGUACAAAGGCAAGCUGUCCUUCUCAGUCAGCAGGGGAGCACCCCACUAGGCCAGGCAGCUGGGCUGACCCAGGCCAACACUACUUUUUUUCCCUCUCAAUUCCAAGAAGUACAAGUAACCUUGAUUGCUAGUUCUCCCCUCAACUCGCCCAUAAUAUUCCCCAUUCCCACCCCCUUGCUCACAUAUUUUUCUCCACUGUCACCUGAGGCAUUUAUGUAUGGGUCAGUGUCCCUUCUGCCUGCCUUGGUCAGGAAGCAGGAUUGCCAUGUUGAAAUGCCCAGUCCAGGACUGGUUCCUGUCCUAGGGAUCCCAACUCUCUAAACUUCCUGCCAGUAACAGACACACACCACCAGCCUGGGCUUGAGAAAGCGUGACCAGGUGUUGUGAGUGCAUGUGCAUACGUGCUGGCUUAGGGCUGGCUCCUCAUCCCUCACCCUGACCUUUCCUCCAGCCUGGCUGGGAAAAGCUAGGCCCUCUGGGAGGGGCAUUUUCUCUGACCUCUACCCCUCGCCCAGCUGUUUCACUUCCUCUUCCUGCUCUGGGAACAAAUGGGUCUCAUUGGUUGAGGUGGAGUCAAAUGAUGACUGUGCUGUCAGUUACCUGGGACUGUGAUCCAGCAAGGUCAUUUCCCUCUGGUGUCAGUUUUCUCAUCUGUAUAUUGACAGGAGUUGCUUAGAUGAUCUCUUAGAUCUUUUGCAGCUCUCUGAUUUUUCUGAAGCCCCUGGCUUGGGCCUCCUGUGACUGUGCCCCCUGCUUCUCCCUCUUCAAGGUGCUAUACCUGCCAGCCCUGGCGGCUGGAUAAGCUUCUCCUUCCAACCACCAGGGGGCAGGAGUGCACUCUGCUCUCUGUGGCCUGAGUGGCCCCUGAGUGUGCAGUCUGUGGACCUGCACACAGGGUUGGUCUCCAUCCUUCCUUCUGGUUGUUUUUGGCUAGUAGCUGGACUUGUAUUUAUAUUAUCUGUAUUUAUAUGCCUGCUGCCCUGGUGAAGGCGGGACAAGGUGCUCCUCUAGCCCUUCUUACCUCAGAUGCCUGAACAGAACCAGGCAAACCAGUAGCAGCUUCCUAGGAGCUGACAGGCCUUGUGUUGGGCUUGUGUUAUCAAGUGAGCUUAUAACCCACAACUUCUGGUGCCCACUUUGUGCUUCUGAUGUACACACCUCACAUGGGAGAGACGCUACAGCCAGGCCACCUCCAGUACCCACCCCUUCUCCCCAGAACAAGUGAGAAGGGGCUGGUGCCCAGGGCUGAACAAGGAAAGUCAGGGCAUCUGUAGGCUUGGGCUUGAAGUUCAUUUAUUGAUGUGUUGGACACAAUAAAAUCACAACUGCUGUUAUCAAAAA